AGUCCCGCACGCUGUCAACAACGUAAACACGUGGCUCCAGUAACUACAAGCUGAUUAAUAUAAGCUUUGUUUUAUUCUGUAUGUUUGCUUAUUGAUUUUCUACAUCAGUUAUGCAGCUUUGUGGAGUUUGUAGCGAACAUGUUCCUAAAUACAGAUGUCCAGGCUGCAGAAUCAGAUAUUGUUCAGUGAGUUGCUUUAAAAGACACAAAGAUGAUGAUUCAUGUCAUCCAGUUAAAGAACCAGAUUCAGCCUCCAGCAGCUCAACACCAUUGAGCAGCGCUGAACAGCCGUGGACUGUUGAGGAUCUUCUUGAUGAAGACAGUCAGACUGACAAAGUGCCAUUACAGAAACUUCAGCAGCUCGGUGAUUCAGAAGCAUUGAAGGGUCUGUUGAGGAAUCCUCAUCUCCGGCGGUUAAUGAUGUCUGUGGACUCAUCUGAGGAUAAAGCCAAAGCCAUGCAAGAUGCCAUGCAGGAGCCGCUGUUUGUGGAAUUUGCUGAUCAGUGCUUAAAAAUUAUUGAACCGACAGAAACAGAGAAUGACUAUGAUGAUGAUGAAUUCUGAAUGGACUGAACUGUCACAUAUGGACCAAUUCCUAACACAAACGCAUCAAGAUGUUGAUGUAAUAAUGUAACAUUUUGUAAUGAAUCAAUUUCUUGUGAAUGCAAACAAUGUCUUAAAGGAAUAUUUUACACAAAAAUUAAAAUUGACUUAAAACGUCCUCACUCUCAAGCCAUCCAAGAUGUAGAUGAGUUUGUUCUUCAUCAGAUUUGGAGAAAUGCAUUGCAUCACUUGCUCACCAAUGGAUCCUCUGCAGUAAACGGGUGCCAUCAGAAAGAGAGUCCAAACAGCUGAUAGAAACUCCUAAUUUAGCCAGAAGAAAUGGUUUGAAGUUCUAAUGAUGGAUGUUUUUCUUAAAAACGCAUAGCUUUUGGAUUCUCAAGACGUUAACUGAUGGACUGGAGUGGUGUAGAUUACUUGUGGAUUAUUGUGAUGUUUUUAAUCAGCUGUUUGGACUCUCAUUCUGACGGCACCCAUUUACUGCAGAGGAUCCACUGGUGAGCACUGGUGGAUCUGUUCCUAUGAACAAACAUUUUGGAUGGCCUAAGGGAGAGCACAUUUUUCAGUUUUUGUGUAAACUGUUGCUUUAAGAGACUAUCUAAGGAGUAACGACAGCAUUCACACAACUGUUUGUUUUUCAGAGGUUUAAAAAGAUACUGAGAAACUCAUUUUGUUAUUCAUGGACUUUCUUGAAUUUAUAUUUAUAUCUGACAACUGAACUUUGACAAUAAAAU